UUCCUCCCAAGUUGCAUCUUGAGAUCAACCCACCUUCUCCCGUCCAGCUGAACACCUCAGUGACGGUCACUUGCAAUGUAGAAAGCUUUUAUCCAGAAGAUGUGAAAGUGGAGUUGUUUGCCAAGGAUGCCCAAGCCAGAAAAGGAAAGGUUGGCAUGAAGACCUCGAAUCCCGACGGGACCUUUUCGCUCAAGAGUAACCUCGAGAUGUUGUCCACCAAAGACAUCAACUUCUCCACGUUCCUUUGCCUGGUCCAGCAGGAUUCCCAGUCUCCAGUCUACGAUACCAUCACGCUCUUCAUUACGGAACAACUUCAACGAAGCUCAUCGCAACGUUCCCUUCUUCUUCUCUGCAUCACGCUUUUCCUGAGCAAAGUAGUCAUCCUUUCCAUCUCUUCCUUUCUCUUAAUAAAGAGGAUUAGACGCAACAGUCAGAACUGAAGAAGCUUCUUGGAUGAGAAGCGAAACAUCUUCAAGGAAAAACUAGAAAGUCUAGUCACCUUUUGAAAAAAAAAACACCUUUGGGACAGCCAUGACCUGGAUGGCUGAGAAUCUCCCAUAGACGUUGGAUGCAACAAAGAAAAAAUAUUGUUCCAGAAAACCCCAGAAAGUCCAACAAUCUGGAAGUUCAAGUUAGGAAUUCCUGUUCUCAACAGAUUUUCAGGAUGAGGAACGAUAUGGUUAAUGAAUCGAUAAUAAUGUUAUUAAAAUGGUUCAU